AUGAUCAACGCCUGCUACGACUUAUGCCUGCGAUUACGAGGCCCUGACUACUUUGAUAAAGUGAAUUUCCAGAAGUGGGCAGCGUCUUAUUCGAUGGCCAUUGCAUUCUUCCAGGUCGGCCAGCAUAAUCGGGCGCGCAUGGUCGAGGUAGAAUCCAUGCAGCUCGCACGUCUUCUGAACUUGCAUCAAAUCUCUGAAUACGAUGGGCUCAAUCUUAUCGAAACCCAGCUCCGCAAGAAAGCAUUCUGGCUCAUGUGGUAUGGCUAUGUACACUCCCAGCUGCAGAACCUCAGGAAGGAGCGGCUCAACUACUUGGAUGCCACAAUUCUGAGUACCAUAAACCUCGAGGACCUCAUGCCUUUCGAAGUUGACGAUGAGAUGAUCCUCGAGGAUGCAGUCAUUCCCCAGCCUACGGAUGCCCUAUCUCUUACUACGGGGUUCAUCGUCCAUUCGCGUGUAUUCUGGGCUGCUCUUACUUCCCCUUCGCCUCGGGACUCUUCUGUUCCAAGAAGAGAUCCCUGUAUGUGCGUGAGGUCCGCGGAGCCAAAGCUUCAGAUUGAAUAUCUCAGGGACCGCCUUCAUGACCUGAAGUACAUCAUUGAUGGAAUGCCUCCGCAGCUUCGCCAGUGGGCGGCAGAAGAUAACUGGGACACGCUAAACGGCUCAAGUUUGGAGCAUCAACGCAUCAUCAAAGCACAGUUCGAGUCAAUGCGAGCCAACAUCCAUGUCACACAUUUGUGGCUUCAGAGCAUCAUCCUUGAUCAAUUAGACGCUCUCAUGACGAGCGAACCGAGCAUCUCAACUCUGCCAUCAUCUCUGGCUGACCCAAAGGCGGUGUGGGCUGAGAGAGAAGACAUUGCUCGCCAGCUUCUCCAUUUGCUGCACAGUAUUCCAGAGAUUCACCUGGAGCCCAACGGCCACCAUCUUACCUUUAAAGUCCGUGAUGUUGCCGUCGCGCUUCUCAAUUGCCCUCCAGAACUGCCCGUGGAGGCAUCAAGAAGAGCAUCGGAAUAUCUCCGCGAAUUCACAAACAAGCUGUCGCGUUUAGACGGCAGUGAGAUAGUAAACACACUGAGUUUACAGAGUUGGGUUGAUACCGACCGUAGAGGGAUAACAUCUGGUUGA